GCUUGCCAUCGAAUGCACACAGCAAUGGAGCCCACGGCGGAUGCUGCUGAUCUUGAUCACUCUGUGCCUUCCCGGGUCCGCGCCUGCCGCCCUACUUCAUCCGCUUCCCCUCCCUCUUUCUUCUUUCCGCCAGAGGACUCAGCUCACUGCACAUCCCCACCCCCCCAGCCACAUGAGGCAUCCCCCACCCCCUCUGCUGCAUCCCUCACACAGUGCCCCUCUCCCCCUCCCUCUGUCCGGCGCCGGCCUGCUCGAGCCAUCCGCACAGGCGUCGCUGCACUCCCUCCUGCACCGUCUGAAGCAUCUAACCCACCAGUCCCGGUCGUCAGCGGCCAAGGCCCGUCGCCACGGCGUCACCAGCGGCUUUCACCGAGAGGCCAACAACUCUGUCGAGGAGGCGCGGGACAUCUUUGUAAGAGUGGAGGAGGUGCUCGGUUUCUCCGGCCACCCCGGAUCGUUUACCCCUCUCAAGGCCGAUGAGUGGGACGUGAUUGUGUGCGCAGCCAGCCGGCUGCUGGGCUGGCGGGGGGCGCUCAUGUGGCUAGAGAGGAUGCGACGGCACUCCUUGGCGCAGCGGCCGUCUUCAACGGCGUGCAAUGCAGUGAUGGGUGCGCUAAGCCGGUCGAAGCGGGCGGGGGAGGCGCUGGAGUUGCUGUCUAGGAUGGACAAGGAGGGCGUUGAUACGGACUGCUGGACCUACAGUGCGGCGCUGGGUGCGUGCAGCUGGUGCUGGGAGGGGGUUGAGCUAUAUGAUCGGCUGAGGGCGGAGGGCGUCCAGAUGGAUGUCUUCUGCUGCAACUCGGCAUUGGCUGCGUGUCGGCACCUGGCCCUGCCAGACAAGGCCGCCGAGAUACUUCAGGUGGCCAGGAAGCAGCACACAAACACGAGAUGGACACCUCAACAACACGUGUAUGUGUAUGUGUAUGUGUAUCGUUUUCUUCUUCAGGACAUGAAGGCAUCCGGCGUUCGUCCAGAUGCAGGCUCAUACAAGCUGGCCAUCCACUCACUGCACUCACUACUGGAGAGGUCAACUCCCGACAACACACCCACCGACCAUUCCCUGUCAGCGCGAGCCCUCGCCCUCUACAGCGACUUCCAGCGGCAGCUCAAUGACGGUCCCUGCCCGCAGGUGCUGAGUGCGACGAUGCGGGUGCUGCUAAAGGAGGGGCAGUGGCGAGAGGUGCUGCUGCUGCUGGAUGACAGCUGCCGUGCCGGAUGUGGGGAGGGGGAGGGGGGUGUCGAUUUGGCUAUUGUGAAUAUUGGGCUGGGCGCCUGCGCUAUGGGCAGGGAUAUGGGGAAGGCCAACGACAUUCUCGAGGUGAGGGAGGCUGGCCGCCCAGAGAGAGGGGGAGGUGCAUGCAAUGCAUGGGAUAUGAUUGUAUGCGCUCGUGUUGUGUGUUGUGCAGGUGAUGCGGGCGUGCCAGUUGUCUCCCUCCAUCAUGACGUUCAACGCCUACAUCAACUGUCUGGCCGAGUGCGGCCUCUGGCAAGACGCCCUCGCCCUCGUAGACCCCUCACGGGCUCUUGGCUCGCCCCCGGCUCUGCCCCCGCCCCUCCCUCCAAUGGCGCCCAACAUCGAGACAUACAACCAGGUGCUGAAAGCGCUGGAACGGUCGGGAGAGUGGAAGAUCGCCCUGCAGCUGCUCAUGCACCAGCUGAGCCACGUGGCGCCCUCACUCAAGCUGGGAGAGCCGUCGGCAGCCGCGAUCCGUGACGAGAGAGGCCGCGUGAUCGCCCCCGACGCCAUCAGCUACACGACGGUGCUCAAGGCGUGUUCGCGAGAGGGGCGGUGGCGGGCGGCUUUGCGAGUGUUUUACUGGAUGCGGCAGCUGCGGAGGGGCAAGGAGGGAGUGGAUCGUCUGGCGUACACGACGGCCAUCAGUGCGUGUGCACGGGCGGGCGAGGUGGGGUUUGCUGAGAGUCUGUUUGAGGAGGCCAAGAGGGAGGGGGUGCUGCCCGACCUCAUCAUGGUCAAUGCACUGCUCGACGCAUGCGACAAGGUGAGUUGAGUGGGUGGAUGCCUCACACGCACAUGGGCUUUGUAUUGUGUGUGUAUGCAUGUGUGUGUCAGGCUGGUGAGUGGGAGCGUGCAGUUGACAUUCUGACCCAGCUGAAGGAGACACCCUUCCCCUCUCUGCGGCCCGACCACCGCUCCUUCAACUCGGUCAUCUCGGCCUGCUCCAAGAACGGCCAGAUGGACCUGGCAUUCUCAUUCACUCUGGAGAUGCAGACCUACGGCUUCAGACCGAACGAGGUCACCUACCACGCCCUCGUAUUCGCCGCUGACGACCGACUCAGGCCCCCUGAUGAUGCGACGGCUGAUGUGUCGGCAGAGGAGCUGGACAAUUUCCUCGGCGACGUGUAUGACAGCACCAGCGACGCGCCUGAUCCGGUGGCUUAUGGGGCGGCCAUCGCGUCAUGCAGACGGAGGGGCGACUGGAAGCAGGCGUUCUCCAUCUUGCGCGAAAUGAAGGGCCACGGCCUGACGCCCACGUCUUUCUGCUACACGGCCACCCUGCAGACCCUCAUCGCCGCUGCAAAGAGCGGCAGAUACACUGGGGAUGGAGAGGGAGAGGGAGGGGGAGAGGGUGCGGAGAGCGGCCCCUUUGCGCAUCACAGCUGGUGGAGCCACGCCGUCUCCUUGAUGGAGGACAUGCGCGAGGACAACGUGCCGCCCGACAAGAACAUGUUUGCCACCCUCAUCGACCUCCUCGAUCGACUUGGCCACGGCGAUCUCGCUCUGGAGCUUUACAGGGAGGCCGUCGACCGGUCCCUGCUGCCCUCGUCAAGCCAAAAGGACGAGGGAGGGAUGCUUGACCUCUCGCGCCAGCCGUCGGCCCUCACACGAAUGGCACUGAAGCACGCGCUGCACAUCGCACUACACGGGGGCCCCAUGCCGUCAUCCAUCAACACGGGCGACGAAGAGCUGCUCACCCACGCCCGUCACUUUUUGCGGGCGUGCAACCCGCCCAUCCGCACACACGGCACCCGCCAUCCCCACCGGCUGAUGAUCGACCGUGGCGAUUUGAUCGAGUUCAUGCAGGUGCGGUCGAGGGCGCUGAGGCUGCCGAGCCGUCGGAGGGGCGGUCUGGCCAAGAGGCGGGCAAGGCUUGUGGGGACAAGGAGAGAAGACAGCAGCAGCAGCAGCAGCAGCAGGGGACGGGAUGAGGGAGACUGAAUUUGAUCAUGAAGGGUUUGAUAGGUCUUGAGCUGUGACUGUGUGGAGGGAGGCAUAGGCGAUGUGUGUGUGUGUGUGUGUGUGACAAUGAAG